CUAGUUUUGAGCUGCAGAUACAAAACACUCAUUGUUGAGUUUUCGGGCACAAAUGCGAUCAAGUCAUUGUUGUGAAAUCUGAUGAGCCGUGAAGAUGGUUGAUUCUACCGCCGACGUGUCUCUCUCGACUUUGGAGUCCAGCCUGUACGACAACGUCCAGACUCUUCUCAGAGAGACGAGCAGCCACAUGGCUUCACAGAAAGGAGUGCUUAGAUGGAGUCUUCAGAAGAAGCUGGAGGCCGAUCCAUCCUCCCGCGUUUCAUUGAUCAGUCUGCUGGUCAAAGAGUUGGACAAGAUGCAGGGGAGUAUCCACAAGAUGCGAUCCUACACCCAUGUCAUCCCAGUGCUGCACACUCUCUACUAUGUGGUUAUUAAGUCAGGUGACAUGAUUCCCACCAGCGUUUACCAGACCGUGUAUGAGUGUUUGAUGAAACUGCUGAUAUUACCGUCGCCUUACUCUGCUGUGGCCCUGAGCGUUCUGAGAAACAUCAAGAUGGAAAUGACCACACCAGGCUCCUUAUAUCAGAGGAAAGUCACUGCAGAGCAGAACUUGAAGAAUGAUUAUUUCACCGUGCAGGAAAAAGUGUUUGUGUUUGCUGACCCGGCUGUGUUUUCUGCUUCACUGGAAGCAGCACUAAGAGCACACUUGGAGCCGUCCAGCUUUCUCAGAGACGCACCAACCAUGGAGAAAAAUGUGGUGCUACGUGUGCUGCAGACGGGUUUGGGGACAACCUGCCAUAUCUCCAGACUGACUCAGGCUCUGGAGGCUUUAGGGGAACAUAUGGCAAAGACAUAUUUCGAGGAAGUGGUUCUAGCCGUGGAGAAGAGUGUGGAGCAUGGUGCAGGUGGUCGUGCACACUAUCUGAACAAACUACAAGACAUUUACAGAGACAUCUUGACUGCCUCUAAAGAAGAAAGAACCAAGAUAGAUGGUGGUUCUGUGUGCAGCACUGCUAUGCCCUUUCCAGAGAUCAACUUCCUUUUGUGGAGAGAAGAAGAGGAUCUAUGGAAUCUGCUGGCAAACUUUGCCAUGUCUUCCUGCUCUAACACAACCAGUGUUGAUGAAGAAGAGAGGAACAAAAAAAAUUCAGCUCAGUCUGAGGGCAGUGACUUUGAUGUCACAGUGCAGUCUCCAGUCAAAAGUAACGUGCCAGCAUUCAUACAGAGAAAUGCCUAUAAGAACAAGAUAUUAGCAGAUACACUGAGCCUAAUGAGGGAGAAGAUGGACACAUUUCCUGGAAGCUCUCCUGUUCAUGAAGAAGACAGGGGCCGUUACACAGCACGGGUAGUGGUAAUGGGGGACGAUCGUGUGCUGGGAAGACUUUCUAGGGCUUAUCACUCGAUUCGAGAAAGGGAAUCAAAACAUCUUAUUUUGACCAAUAAACUAAACCUACGGUUUUACUACAUCCCAGUCACUGAUGUGGAUCCUUCGCUCAGUUCACCUGACAGCCCAUGUCAGGGUGAAGGCAGAUUGUCUCUCGCCUCCUUAUUGGGAAGAGUGGAUCCCUGGUACAACAGCAACGUCAACAGUCUGGGAGCUGCAAUCUCCAAACUGGCUGGAAAGACUGAUCGAAGCAAGUCAAGGCAAAACUUCUUCCUACUGGACACCCUGUGUUACUACCUUCGCUGUGGGACUCAGUCAGUUAACCUGCCACUCUAUUCGGUUAAGAUGACCCGACCCAGCUCUGAUGCAUGUCCUGAGGUGGAGGAGGUGUUUGUGUCCCAUCUGGAGGCAGACAUCCCAGAGUUCAGACACCUCAAAGAAAAUGUAUCACACAGGUCCUUUCACCGCCCAAAGAAGCCGACAGCCGUCGUCUUUGGGGCAGUCAUCUCAGUCAGUUUCACAAAGAUAUCUUUAAGCAGACGAGAAUUGGCAAAGGAAGAUGCACCCAUGACAUAUGGCGUGGUGAUAACAUCAGGUGAAGAUCACCUUACUGUCAGGUUUAAAAGUGUGAACCCAAUAUACAACACAACGAUCAAAACCCAGAACAUCAGCAUCAAGGCAUUGGAGCACCGAACACUCUCUGUGUGUCUGGACAAGGACUCACGCAGGACGUACACCGGCGUCCAAAGGGUAGAAAUUUCUCCGUGUUUGGACGCAGGAUGCAGCCGCCGGUCCAGUUUCAGUGUCUUACAUGACCAAGAGCUGCUGUUUAGCAAGUAUCUGGACAAAGUCCUGUCGCUGCAAAUCAAAACGUUCACUGGUGUGACCCUCUGAGGGACAUGAGCUCUCCACUUCAUGUGUGCAGAUAAUGCUGUACAUAAUGUUUUAUCAACAGUAAAUUCUGUGAUAAAAAGUGUAGGUUUAUCAAAUGUAUACUAAUUACAAAUGCUAAGAAGGGGGACUUAAAUAAUGUAUGAUAAAGUAUUACCAACAUUUAUUUUCUAUUUGACAAAAUGCCUUUGUUAUUGUAAAGUAUUUUAAGAUACUUUUUUUAUACUAGAAGCAUGCUUAAGUAAUGCAUAACUGUUGCAUUUGAUGCAGUUUGACUGCCAGGUUGAGGUGCUCGUUUUCUAUCGUCCAGCUUCUUUUGGUUACGUUACAUUAAUUAACGAUCCAUUAAGUGUAAAAUAAUCUAAUAUACUCAUAGUGACUCCCAAAUAUGAGGAUUUGCUGCUUCAUUAAAUUGAUUUAAAAUGUUCUGCAUUGAGUACUUUUAGUUUUAAUACCUGAUUGUAUUUACAUACUUUUACAUAAGUAACAUUUUCAACAGUAUUUUUACACAGUGUGGAAUUAGUGCUUUCUCUAAGUAAAGGAUCUGAACAGUUCCUCCACCAAUGUUUAUACUUACUUCACUACAUGUCAGAGGCAAAUACUUUUUACUCUACUAUAUUUAUUUAACAGUUACUGUACUAGUAGGUAGGUACUAGUUACUUUUCAAAUUCAAGAUUUUUAUAAUAUAGACAGUUUAUAAAAUACAAUGCAACGUUAUGAAUGAAACUACUCGACUGUAUAUGCAGUAGUUAAAAUUAUCUCCACCUUGACAACACUAAAAUGCAUCAGUAUAAUCAUCAUUUUUGAAUAAUACAUUUAUAUAUAGAGAGAGAGAAUACUCUGAGGCUCAUUGAUACUUUCAUGACAUUUUGCUACUAAUACUUGUGUACUUCCUUCAUCCAGUCAUGCAUGUGUUGCAUUGUUUAGGCCUGUGUGUUAAAGCCUUAUUUUACAUUUUAAAUGUUCAUCAUGAUGCCAUAGUUGUUUGCUUGCAAUGAGGUUACGAAUAUAAGCAUGUAGGAAU